AUGUCUGAAACAAUUGGGUUUAUUGGUGUUGGUCAAAUCGGUGGUACAGUUGCUAGAUUAGCUGUCGAUGCUGGUUACAAAGUUGUCUUGAGUAAUUCAAGAGGUCCAGAAUCUUUAUCAGGUGUUAUCUCAUCUCUUGGUGAAAACGCUAAAGCUGAUACUUCUGCCAACAUUGCCAAAGAUAAAAACAUUAAGAUCAUUGUUCUUUCAAUCCCAUUAAAUGCUGUUCCAACUCUAUUGCCAUCAUUAGGUUUGAAGAAUAAAGUUAUUUUGGAUACAUCAAAUUAUUAUCCUGUUAGAGAAGGUAACUUGGAAGAACUAGAUUCAAAUAAACUAACAACAAGUGAAUAUGUCUCUAAAUACCUAGACUCAUCAAAUAAAUUAGUUAAAAUCUUCAAUAAUAUUUUUUCUUUCCAUUUAAGAAAUUCAGCUACUCAAGAUGAAUCGAAUCAAACCAUCUUACCAAUAGCUGGUGAUGAUGAUGAAGCUAAAAAAUUAACUAAUGACUUUGUUCAAAAAAUUGGUUAUAAAACUUAUGAUGUUGGUCCAUCAUCACUUAGUUGGAAAUUUGAACCAAAUACACCAUUCUAUGGUGGUAUUUAUUUACCUGAAGCUCCAAAGGACUUAGAUCAUGACGGUUUAAAAGAGUUUUAUAAAAAGUCUCAAGCUAAUCCAUUAACUUAUGAAAAGGCCAAAGAAGUUCUUGACUCUACUGAAAGAUCAACUGUUGUUGGUGGUAGACCUGAAAAUUAUCCUAAAUAUUUGACCGAGAUCGUUUAUGAUUUAUAUGCUCAACAAGCUAAGGAUAAAGCUUCAGGUAACUCUAAAUUGAUUUUAUAA